AUUUAUUUUUUUCUUUUCCUUUUUUUUUUUUAAAUAAUUUUUCUUUCUUUUAUCAAAUGCUCAAUCGUUUUAUAUUGUUUUCUCUAAUUUUUUGCAUUCAUCUGAAAAAGAUUUUUCUUCUUCCUUCCUUUUCCCUUUUUUUACUUUUCACCCAAAAAAAGUGCGCCAUUAUUCAUUUUCCAACACAUCCCUUUCAUAAAUUUAUAUAUCUUUUUCUUUCCUCUUUUCCUUUUCUCCUUUCAUUUUUUUAUUUGUCCACACUGACUGACUGA